UGAGCAGCCGACUAGCAGGCUAACCACUCCUCCAAUGCCUUCAGAUCUUCCUGAUAUGCCCAAAAUGUAGGUUGUGUGAUCCAAAAUGUUUGACUGGCGCAUUCUUAAUAUAUAUAUUUUUUUUUUUAACAAGUCGGAACCAUCGUCACUCUCACCGGGUCACAUCGGAGUGUUUUUGCUGCUCCUCAUCGUGUGUGCGGAAGUGCUCUGCAGUGAAAUAAAUGAAUACAUGCAGUGCGAUUUUAGCACCAAAAAUAAGUAAAUAAAUAAUAAAUAAAAAAAUCCGCAUUUACUGGCACAGGGGCACGCAGUACAAGAAAUGAAACGCAAAGAAUUAGAGAGCUGCCUUCAGCAAGUGGACACGUUUGAAGAGCCAAAAGUUCUUUUGGAACAGUAUCCAACCAGCCCUCACAUCGCAGCGUGCAUGCUUUACACAAUCAGCAGUACGUUUGAUGACAUCGAGGGUAAACUGGUUGCAGAUUUGGGAUGCGGUUGUGGAGUUCUCAGCAUCGGCGCCGCCAUGCUCAGUGCAGGGUUGUGCAUCGGCUUCGACAUUGAUAACGAUGCCUUGGACAUAUUCAGAAGAAAUGCAGAGGAGUUUGAAAUUUCCAACGUGGAUCUAGUUCAGUGUGACUUGUGCUCUCUGGGGGCAGAUGGCAAUGCCACAAAGUUUGACACUGUAAUAAUGAAUCCACCAUUUGGUACAAAACAUAACCAAGGGAUAGACAUGAAGUUCCUCAGGGCUGCUUUAUCAAUGACAAAGAAUUCAGUGUAUUCACUUCAUAAAACUUCAACAAGAGAACAUAUUCAAAAGAAAGCUGUUGACUGGGGAGUAACAAUGGAAGUAAUCGCAGAAUUAAGAUACGACCUUCCAGCAUCGUACAAGUUCCACAAAAGGAAAUCGGUUGACAUCCAAGUGGACUUCCUACGAUUCUCCAAAUCCUGACGUGUUCCCUGGAAUGGAUUCAAGUCACCUCUGCCUUUUUUAUCUGUUCAUUAUAAAUUGUGUUUUGUUUUGUUUUUUUAAAAAAGUCUGAAUGUGACCUUGUGAUUAAGAUCCAUUUUCGGUUUUGACGACUUUAGCUACUGGGCCAUCAGCGUCUUCCAGUUCUCGCUUGUUUGGGGUUUCAGGUGCUGCAAGGAGAAGAAAAGAACACAACCCCUCAGUCGAUAAAUGCAGUGCAGUCAAGUUAAACUAUGAAGGACUUGAA